AUGUGCAAAGACGAGCUCCACGAACUACUUGUCGCAUUACCCAAAUGCGAGCAUCAUAUCCAUAUCGAGGGUGCUCUAACCCCUCAUCUUCUCUUUAAAUUUGCUGCAAGGAACAACAUUGACCUUGUCUCAAUUAAUAAUCAUGAUGAGGCAUAUACCAACGAGGAAAGACUGCAGGCACGUUACGGAUCCUUCACCUCCCUCUCUGACUUCAUCCGGUACUUCUCAUCCGGCAGCUCUGUUCUCACAACGGCCGAUGACUUCGAAGAGCUAGGCUAUACCUACUUUGUCAAAGCACACGAGCAGAAUGUGAAGCAUGCAGAGGUCUUCUUCGAUCCUCAAGCCCAUACUAGUCGUGGCAUUACCUAUGAUACAGUAGCACAAGGGCUGUCACGCGCGAAACGGCGAGCGGAACAAGACUUCGACAUGACUGUUGCGUACAUCCCGUGUAUAUUGCGCCACCACGGUCUGCAGAGCGCAACAAAGAUGUUCCAGGAAGUCACAGACGCAGGUCACUUCGUGGAGGGUAUUGUGGCCGGGCUCGGUAUGGCCGGCGAUGAACUCGUACAUCCUCCCGAGUACUUCAAGCCAGUAUUCGAUGCUGCAAGGAUAGCUGGGAUACGACGCACUGCACAUGUGGGUCAAGCAGGCCCUGCGACAUUCGUAUCGUCUGCCCUUGAACAUCUCAAAACCGAAAGAGUCGAUCAUGCAUGGAUUGCAAAGACCGAUAGUCAACUGAUGCAAAGACUUGCCCAGACUAACACGCUCGUUACGCUUUGCCCGAUCUCGAAUGUCAUGCUUGGCUUCAUUGGCAGCAUUGCGCAAGCACCCAUUCGGGAGUUCCUUGACCAAGGGAUUCGAUUCAGCAUCAACAGUGACGAUCCGGCAUACUUUGGAAAGUACGUCCAAGAGAACUACUGCGCUGUCCAAGAGGCUUUCGAACUGAGUAUGUCCGAUUGGAACAAGAUCGCUCUCAAUGCUGUGGAAGGAUCGUGGUGUUCAGAUCAGCGGAAAGGGGUCCUCAAACGACAGGUUGCUGCGGUGAUCUCACGCUGGCAGGCUGAACGAGGUGCAUAG